CGGAUUGGUAUAAAAGCCAGAUGCUAACAGAACAAAGCAAACAGUUCCAAUACCAAAGGGUUCCCAACCACAUCUCAACCGGCACCAUGAAGUUCCUGCUUGUCCUGUCUGCCAUUCUAGCCAUUUCAUCUGCCGAACUGCAGCUGUCCGAUGAGCAGAAGGCGGUGGCCCAUGCCAAUGGCGCCCUUUGCGCCCAGCAGGAGGGCAUCACCAAGGAUCAGGCAAUCGCUCUGCGAAACGGAAACUUUGAGGACAGCGAUGCCAAGGUCAAGUGCUUCGCCAACUGUUUCCUGGAGAAGACCGGUUUCCUGAUCGACGGUGAGGUCCAACCCGCUGUCGUUCUGGCCAAACUGGGUCCCAUUGCCGGAGAGGCCAACGUCAAGGAGGUGCAGGCCAAGUGCGAUGCCACCAAGGGAGCCGAUAAGUGCGACACCGCCUAUCAGCUAUUCCAGUGCUACUACAAGAACCGCGCCCACAUCUAAGCGCACACCUUGUGAAUUUAAUAUGUGUGAUAAUCUGUCUGUGACCUGUUACUUAUUUUGUUUCGACCAAGCGUAUCCUAUGAGAACACCUUGUUAAGAUCAGUUAACCCUUUGAAUAAAAUAUUAGAAAAUGUCUUAAAAA